AUGGCUAUAAAAGUUCCAAAAAAUCAAAAUAUCAGAUAUGGAUCGCAAGAACAGGCACCCCCAACUUUGAAGAGAAAAUUAAGUCCAGAAAACGACGACUACAGAGAAAAUCCUAAACAAUACCUUAAACAGGUUGAGGAUACUGAGGUCGUGCAUGUAGUCAAUCGAAAAUUAUACGAGGAUGGUGACGAGGAAGAGUCGCUCGCCCUUUACGGUAUAAACGAAACUCCCACCAAACGCCAAAAACAAUCAAACGCGCACAGCCGGGACGAAAGAUUGUCAACGGCUGCCAAAGUUAAUAUACAAAACUUACCCGAAAACUGUACUCGGGAAACCAUCCAAAAUACUUUUGAAAAAUAUGGUAAAAUACAAAAAAUAUGGUUAAAAGAAGGGGAAUCAUAUGGAUUCAUCAUAUUCCAAAAUGUAGCAGAGGCUUAG